UGACAUUUGCGCUCGGUGCCUUUUUUGUUUGUCUUUAUAAAUCUCUAUAUAUUUUUUUUUAAUUAGUUGCUAAUAAUUUUAACAAAAUGGAAGAAGAUCUGUCUAGUUCGGAUAUAAUAACGCAGCUUAAGAAACGGCAUCUUCAGGUGAAUCACUUGGAGAGCUUGCCCCACGGACAGCUGGAGAAGAUUUAUCAGGAAUUUGCAGUGCCACAGCCAAGAAGGCAGCCCCGCAAUCGCUCCACUGCAGCGGCGACAGGUACCUCUUCCCUGGCCCUGCCCAUGGAAGUGGAGCAACUGACGCAGCGCAUCAAGACGACAGCCAUGCUGGGCCAGAAAAGAACGCUGGCUGUGGUGGAGAAACCCAGCUCCGAUUACCACGUCAAGCAAAUCAAGAUGGACCUUUCGUGACCCCCUUUUCAUAGCGA